UGUAAUCAACAGUUUGAGAAAAAUGGCUACGUCGUCCUGGAGGACUUCUUUCGACCGGAGGAGAUCGAGGAACUUGGGACUUCCGGAGAGGAAUUCACAAAUAAGCUGCCACCUGAAGCGGAACGAAAGAUAUUUAACACGAUAGAUUUACAACAGAAUAAGGAUCAGUAUUUCUUGGACAGCGCAAACAAGAUAAGUCUCUUCUUCGAGGCUGAGGCUCUGGAAGAAGACGGGAAAUUGAAAGUUCAUCCGAGGGUGUCGUUGAACAAAAUAGGCCAUGCUCUCCACUGGUUGCAUCCUACCUUCAAAAAGUACACUUUCGACGAAAGAGUCAAAGAAGCAGCGUUCCAACUCGACUACCAAGAGCCAGCGGUAUGCCAAUCGAUGUACAUUUACAAAAAUCCUGGGACAGGAUCGGAAGUUACGAUGCAUCAGGACGCUUCGUACUUGUACACCGAACCGGUGAAGCUCGUGGGUUUCUGGAUCGCGUUGGAGGAUGCGACGCAGGACAACGGAUGCCUGUGGAUCGCUCCGGGUUCGCACCAGAGCGGGGUGCACAGGCGUUACGUGAGGAACAAGGAUCCGAAUUCGCGAGAAUUGCUCGUCUACGACAGCGCGGCGCCCUGCUAUCCACUGAGCAAUUUCCGGCCGGUGCCGGUGCGCAAAGGAGCGUGCAUCCUUAUCCACGGUCAAGUGGUUCACUUCUCUUACCCGAACAAGAGCGAGAAGUCGAGGCACGCCUACACGUUCCACGUGAUCGAAACGAAACACGUGUCCUACUCGAAGGAGAACUGGCUUCAGCCGCCCACCGGCGGUUUCCCGAGUCUUUACAGGAAUUAGAUAAUCGUACUCGUUAAGAACAAUCGUCCGUCGUGCUUUUUUGCUGCCUGGUUAUAUUUCUCAGAAUGUUUACUCUUUACACCGUAUAAGAAAAUUACUGUCGACCCGGAAUACAAUUUAGAAACAAUAAAAUGGAUGUUUUCAC